AUCGACACCGCCGCCGACGACAUUAUGCCUCACUCAUUCGGUUACCGCGCGCGCACGCGCGACAUGUUCAAGCGGGGCUUCAAGGAACAUGGCCCCGUCAAAAUGUCUACGUACCUCAUUAACUACCGCAUUGGUGACAUUGUUGAUAUCAAGGCCAACGCCGCCCAACAAAAGGGUAUGCCUCACAAAUACUACCACGGACGGACUGGCAUUGUCUACAACGUCACCCCCCAUGCUGUCGGCGUCAUUGUCUACAAGGUUGUAGGCAACCGCUAUAUCGAGAAACGGGUGAACCUCCGUGUCGAACACGUGAGGCACUCAAAAUGUCGGCAGGAGUUUUUGGACAGGGUGAAGCGCAACCAUGAUGCACAUGCCGCUGCAAAAGAGAAGGGCGAGCGUGUAUCGCUGAAGCGUGUCCAUGUUCUCCCUCGUGAGGCACGCACCGUCUCGAUCGCCCAAAACACGCCGCAAACGAUGACGCCCGUUCCUUACGAGACCACCAUCUAAUUGGAGUUGUGUUCGUGUUACUAUGAGAUUUCCACUAUGCAUCGUAUACUACUGUCAUGCUCCCAUGCAAUCAUGACUUGAACACAUCAUUACGCACGAAUCUUUCCAGAUCGUCCGUCUAACAAUCGAGCGAAUGCUGCGCCACAUCAUCCUGGUUGCUUUUUCGUCGUUCAAUUUACGUGGUUGAGUUGC